AAGUGACAUUUCACGAAGAAAGCCGAACUUUGACAGCUCGUCUGCACAUCGAGCCGUCAAAGCACUACGGAUUUUUCGGUAUUUUGGUUAUCUGGUGAUUUGCUGAUCAAUCAAAAUGCCGGAGGCUCCAGCUCGCAAUCCGCUCGACAGCUUCCUGAACGCUGUUCAAGCCACCAUCGAUGGACCCGUAACUUGGUUCCGGGAGAAAAUCGUCGAACCUAACCGGCAAACGUACCCGUGGUAUCACCAGAAGUUCCGCCGUGUACCCUCCAUCGACCAGUGCUACACCGACGAUGCGGUCUGCAUUUUCGAGGCGAACCAACAGUUUAAGCGCGACAAGAUGGUCGACAAUGAAAUUCUAGCCAUUUUGCGCCAACGCUUCGAGGACUGCGUGCUGUACGAGCAGCCGGACCAUGAGCGCAAGUGCCGUUCGCUGCUGGACACGUACGAAAAGGCGGCCGAGAACUGGUUCAUCAAGUAUGGUGAUCUCGGUGGUUAUGCGAAUGCAAAGACGGCGUACAUGAAGCAGAAGCAUCGCAUGAUUUGGGAAAGACGCCACGGACCGGUCGGAACCGGCAUGAAAACGGUCGACGGAGAGGGCGAUGUUGCCAGUGAACACUAGAAAGAAGUAUGCUAACGAAGACCGGCGGGGGGGGGGAGAGAGCGUAACGACCAUCUCUGUUUCUCCUGUUUGCUGAGGCCGAUUCGAGAUCGUCGCGUAGUAGUGGAAGAAGUUCGUCGCGCUUACAAUUUGUUUGAAUUGGAGUGUAUAUAUAAAAGCAAACCGUAAAUACACAAAAAAAGCUAAACACGAA